GGCUGGUCCUAGUAUCUCGCUCAGAGGCUAAAGGGACAAGCCCUCCGGUAAAUUCUGGCACACCAGACACAUCGCCUUUUGCGCAACCAAUCUCUCUCAGCAUGUCGUCUCUCAUGUUGAGGACUUCCAGGAAACAUGAAGAAAGUCUCUGACCACUUGUUUCCCAUCUGGCGAGGGGCCCGCGGGGCCCAGGUUUGGGUCUGGGGCCGCGGCGUCGGCGGCCUGGCGGCGAAAUGGGCGGUGGACGGUGCAGACGGGCAGCAGCGGCCGGGCUUUGACUGCCCCGUGUGGUGCGUGCUGUGCCGGGGCGGCCGCGAGUGGCUGCAGGACGCCUGCCAGCGGGGGCGCGGGGCCUUCCGGCUGCCCGCAGACAUGCUGAGUAUCAAGCUCCCGCAGCUCUUCGACAUCCACCAGGUGCCCAAGGUAUUCAGGGAGGAUGGCAUCAUCUCCGGGUACCGGCACCCGAGAAGCUCUGCCCUGGACUGCAUCCUCAGCAGCUUCCAGAUGACCAAUGAGACGGUCAAUAUCUGGACCCACUUCCUGCCGACCUGGUACUUCCUGUGGCGGUUCAGCAUCCUGUGCUCCACCCUGAACUUCCUGUCAGAGAGCUACACCUGGCCCCUGCUGGUGUACAUGCUGCUCAUCUGCGUGUACCCCUUCACCUCCAGCUGCGCCCACACUUUCAGCACCAUGUCGCCAGAGGCCCGUCACAUCUGCUACUUCUUCGACUACGGCGCCCUCAGCCUCUACAGCCUAGGUUGUGCCAUCACCUAUGGGUCAUACGUGAUGCCUGAUUGCUGGGUCAACAGCUGGCUGCACCAGCAUUUCGUCCCCAUCGCCAUUGGCAACACACUCUUCUGCACAAGCAUGUCAUGCUACUCCAGGUUCCUGGAACUGCAGUUCCCACGCAAAAGUAAAAUCUUGCGAACGGGGGCUUUUGUGUUUCCAUUUCUCUUUGACAACAUUCCAUUGUUCUACAGACUGUUGCUCUGCUGUGGAGGUGGGUGCACUCACACUGACGCUUUGUCCAGCCACUGUUACCACCUCCUCUUCGCCUUCCUCACCUGCUUCCUGUUUGCGUCUCACCUGCCUGAGAGGCUGGCCCCUGGCCGCUUUGACUACUUCGGCCACAGUCACCAGCUGUUCCACAUCUGCGCCGUGGUGGGCACCCACUUCCAGAUGGAGGCCGUGCUGGCCGACAUGGCGUCCCGCCGAGGGUGGCUCAUCUCCCAGGCGUCCGUGCCCUCCUUCCUGGGCACCGUGGGCGCGCUGGCCCUGGGCCUCCUGCUCAACCUGUGCAUCAUCGGCCUGUUCAGCGCCAGUCUGCUACGGGCGCCGCACCUGAGCACCCAAAGUGCCGCCGCUGUCGCAGCUGCCUCUGCCUCUGCCCGCCACUCCAGCCCGGGUGUCUCUCAGCAAGCCUCUGCUGAGCUCAAGGAGGAGUAAGGAACUCAGCAUAGCUGGCAGAAGGGUGUUUUGGUCUAGUGCUAAACCAUGGUGUGUGCUAAUUUGAAGAAGCACAGGUCAGUUGACCUGUUCUUUUGAUGGACACAUCCAUUAGUGAGUGUUUAAAAAUAUAAUGCGUCAAGAAGUCAUUUUCAAGAAUGUAUUUUAUAGUACCCUACCCUUAACAUUUUGUUGUGUUUAUCAGUUAAUUUCUUUUCAUUUGUUCAGAUUAGUUGUCACAAUUUUGGACUAAGUGUUUACAAUUAACAUUUUAAAAUAGCUGAAAACCCAGAUACUGAUUUUUUUCAGGUCUAUGUAAACUUUUCAUUGUCCCAUGGUGACAUAACAGAGAAGCUUUUAAAAGACUCUGGGUUGCAUGAAGCCAUUUUGUAUUAACAUCACCCCAAAGUGCCUUAAAGAGAGCUAGAUUGUUUACAGUGCUAGAAGUAACUGUAGAUGGCAGUAGGCUACAACAAAACUAAACCGAACUCAUAAUUCGUAACUCAACUGGAAAUGUAUCAGUAGACUGAUUCAGGGAUUUCAUACUCAUCUAUAUUUAGUUUUACAUUAACAUAAUUUAGUAUUUAAAACAUACAUACAUUCUGAAAAGCCAAUUAUAUUAGUUUGUAUAUGUUUUAAUUAUAAAAUGAUAAAAGAUUCGGACGAAUGCAUUUGAACUAACACAUAGUAUAAGCAUGUGUCUGAUUUAGAGUCCUCAUGUCAUGUUCUAGGGACACUCUCGUUCACUCUCAUAUCAUAGGAGUAGAAACUGUCUCGCAAGAGAAGACAGUCAUUUGAACUUAGUCCAAUAGUGUGCUGAUGCCAUAAUUUACAGGCUUGCCACACAGUGUUCCGUCUUAGUUGGGCCCAGCCCCAACCAGCUCUCCCAGUUUCAGUAUAGUCUUUCUGAUGAGUUGAUCAUUUACAUCCACUAACUUGAAAAACAUUUGUGUUUUUUUGUUUUAAAAAAAAAGAAACAUUUAUCACCUAAUCCUCAUUGUUCUAUUUGUUAAUGUAUGGGUAUGCAGAUAAUGUCACAGGUGCCCUGUCUGAGCUUCGGAUGUUGUGCCAUUGAUAUGGAUAGAUGUUCAAUGUUUUGCCUGUUUUCUUUGACCAGCACUCAACUGAAAAGAGUUUUAUCAGCUCUGUCCUACCUAUGGUGUGAAUGUCUCCUGCAUCCUUAGUGGAGGUGUUUAGGCACUGUAGUAUUGUGGUGUUCAUUGCAGGUUUAUGGCAUACAAUACUAGUUUUAUGUUUACAAUUACCAGUAAAACCUUUAUUGGGGUGGGGGGUGUAAUAGCGCAGUUUGUAUUUAUUCCUGAUUAUGUAUUUACUGUCAUCCUGCGCAUGGGGAAGCAUUUGAUAUUUGAUAUUUCAUUAUUGUGAGGUUUGCCUGUCGUAUGUGGUCCACAUCUUACUGUAUAUGCCAGAGCACUUAAGUACUCAUUAAAACAGUCAAGAGUAAUACCGCACAUGAAGAAUUCACUAAUUGCCAUGUAAUUUGAAACACUUUAUAUGCAUAUGUUUUAUAAACAUUUCCUUCUGGCUAUUUCAUUUAAUUCGCAGAACCUUUUCUAACCAGAUUAAAGAUGUAAAGAUGGCAUUGCUUGUAAGACAAGAGAGUCUAACAACUAUAUGAUCUUUAUGGCUAAGUAAGUGAUUGCAAGGUAUGUGGGGGAUAGGUUCUGUGAUUUAAGUUCACCAAAAGAUAUCUAUACAGUAGCCAUAGUUUGUCAGGUGUACUCCAUUCCUGACUCCCUCUGCAGUUAGCAUAGAGGCACACAUCUGUCAGGCACUGUUGGAUUGGAAGCUGGUGGGGUAUGUGGGGACAAUAUAUAUGAAGCAGGGUCUUUUUGAUUUGUUAUACAAGAAAUAGGUCAAAGUGGGAUGAAUGGUUAACCUGAUGCAAUGUCAUUAUUAUAUGUCAUUUUUCAUUUGUCUAUCCUGUUGCAUGGAGAAAAUCUACUUUGGUUAUAAAAGGGCCCUCGUUUUGUUAAAUUGAAAGAAAAGAACCUAUAGGCUUUUGAUAGGCUAUACUGGACUGUCACAACAGCACCACGAGACACUAAAAUAAAUUACAAUGUCUUCGUUAUAGCCUAAUUAUAGGCUACUUCUUUAAGGUUCUGUCCACAAGCUUUGUCCUCAAAAGGAACAAUGGUAUGGGUGUUACUGGUUUAGAAUCAGGUCCAGCAUUUUGUAUUGAUCAGUAUAUGCUACCCCACGCAUGUCAGUUGUUUAUUUUUUUGUCUGUAGGACUAAAAUUGUUAACAAAUUCUUGAGUGUGUAAUCACCUUUUAAUACAUUUUAAUACAAAAAAGACUUACCCUU